UGGUUUCAUGAUCAUCUAUGUGACUGGACGUCCGGACAUGCAGAAGCAUCGCGUGGUGGCCUGGCUCACCCAGCACAACUUCCCCCACGGCAUCGUCUCUUUCUGUGAUGGCCUCACCCACGAUCCCCUGCGCCAGAAGGCUGCCUUCCUGCAGGGCCUGCAGCAGGAGGCAGAAGUCAACAUUGUGGCUGGUUACGGAUCCACCAAGGAUAUCUCUGUCUACAGCUCCUUAGGGCUCCCUCCGUCUCAAAUCUACAUUGUGGGCAGAGCUGUGAAAAAACUGCAAAGCCAGUGCCAGUUCCUGUCAGACGGCUACGUUGCACACCUUGCUCAGCUGGAAGCAGCCUCCCUCGCCCACUCGCCAAAGGGAACAACAAGGCCCACCCUGGGCAAAGGCAGUUACGGCUGCCCUGCUCCUGUCGACUUCCUGCGCAAGCAGAGCCAGCUGUUGCGCUCGCGGGGGCAGAGCCAGGUAGAACGAGAGGGGUCGGGGAGUGCCCAGCCCCGGGCCAAGACACGUAGUGUCAGCCUCAAGCUGGAUAGUGAAGAGUAAGCCUAUGUGGGGGAAGUCCUCGCCUUGUCCGAGCAACAGCGGCUGGUGCCAAGGGUGGGUCUGCGGUGGGAAAGAGCCAAGGACGCCAGGUGCAGAGAAAGAGGAAGAAAGAAACCACUCUGCCUAGCAGAGGCUGCGAGCUGGUGUACAGUGCCAUUUGGACAUGGAGAAAUGUCUACGUAACCCCAGAGUUCCUUCUGUCAUAUCAAGCCCAACUUCCUGCUGUUCUGUUUGUGGUCCCCUUUGACCCACAGCUCAGCCAACAUCUCUCAGCUCACUUCUGGGGAGUGGAGCAGGGAACCUUGACAUAAACUGUGUUUGUGAAUUGACUGUUUGCAUUCUCCCUUUUCUGGUUUUUGAGGGCUGUGUGUGUGUGUGUGUGUGUACACUGGUAUAUGUGUUUGUGUGAGUGUGUAUACACACACACACACACAAUCUCCCAAUCUUAUGCCAAGUGAGCCAGUAGUGGGUCCACCACCACCACCCCCGCCCCCACCUGCUCACCCCCUGUCUUUUCCAGGUCUUCCUAUUUCUGUCUGUGGCUUAAAUGGGGUGGGUAGUUAUGGAAACAAAACCUGGAGGGGUUUUGUCCCUUUCCCUGCCUCCAGCCCCUCAUGCAAUCCUCAGCCCAGUCCUGCCUGUGCCCUGGCCUUUGGGUGUCUGCAUGGUACUGCCCCACUGCGCAUGUAUUGGGUCUGAUGUGAGAGCACAGGGUAUUCAGGACCAAGGAGGAAUCUCUACUCCCUUCAGAUGUGGAAACAGCUCAGCUGAGGGUUUAAUAUUUAUUUUGUUCUGUCCGAAUUGCUGGGAGGUUUGGAGUAGAAUCUUCGUCUGGAGGAUUUGCAAGGGUUUUACAUUUCCUUUAAAUGUGUUACAAA